GGAAGAGGCGCUUGGCCUGGUCACGUGACUCCGGAUCCAGCUCUGCCCCACUAUGGAGCUGGAAGAGGGGUCACCCUUGUGGCGGCUGCAGAAGCUUCCAGCAGAGCUGGGUCCGAAGUUACUCCAUAAAGUGAUUGAUGGCAUGUGUGGCCGAACUUCUCCUCUCUACCAAGAUUACCAAAAUGUCUGGGAUUCAGCAGAAUGGAUGCAUGUUCUAGAAGAUAUUACUAAAUUUUUCAAAGUUGUAGUUGGGAAAAAUUUAACUGAUGAAGAGAUACUUCAGCAGUUGAAUCAGUUGAAUUCAUUUCAUCAAGAAACUGUCAUGAAAUGCUUGAAAAGUAGAAAGCCUGAAAUCAAACAGACUCUGUUACAAGAAAUUGUGGAUAUUUCUUCUGCACAGCUACAGGAUUUUGAUUGGCAAUUAAAGCUUGCUCUUUCUAGUGACAAGAUUGCUGCAUUACAAAUGCCACUUUUAAACCUUCAUCUCGAUGUUAAAGAAAAUGGAGAAGUCAAACCAUAUUCUGUUGAAAUGAAUAAAGAAGAAUUGCAGAAUCUAAUAAAUUCCUUGGAAGCAGCUAAUAAGGUGGUUCAGCAGUUAAAAUAACUAGAAAUGAGUUCCAACUCUAGUGAAUUCACUGCUUUAUUCACUGCUACAUUUACUGAUAUGCAGAAUGAAACUCAGAAAAC